UGUUUGAUACUUGUGUGGUGUUGACAUCACAUAAACACGACGAGCGUAUGAAUAGAUCGCGAUUAUUUUCCGGAAUUGAAUCACACGAUAAAAAAAAAUUUUCUUUAAGAAAAUAUAAUAUACAAAUAAUCAAACAAAAUUAAAAAAACAAAUUAUUUUUUGAAAAAUAUAAGUGUCAAAAACAUUUAUAAAACUAUAAAUAACCGCGAAGUGACUUUUGAAAAAUUUUUAUGUGCGGAAAAUAUUUUUAACUUUGUCUCAUUGUGGUGUUUUUUUUUGUUUCAUAAAUUACUCCCUUCUCGACUGGUGUCACGUUGUGAUCUCUUCCAACUGUAUCGGAAUGUCGUUGGAUUAUUCUUCGCAACUGUAAUCGAAUUGCCCAACAAUCAUCCUUACCAUCGCUGACCCCGUGGCGUGCGCGGCGCCAACCCUGUACGAUCAUGUACAUCCCCCGGGAUCGUCUCCAGCCACCGGAACGGGGUCUUCCGCCGGGGUAGCCUGGUGGUCCAUGAUGAACGGCAGCCUCUACGAAGAUAGCCCCCCUCCAGCACCUCAAAGUGCAGCUACGCCGAUCAGCAAUAGCGGAAUGACUAGUCCAGCUACGGUACCAGCUCCUGCAGCUACUACAUCGGCGACAUCGAGUUCCUCGCCUGCCAGUGUCACCAGUAACAGUGGCUCAGCAGGUCCUUUACACAUUCCCGCUAAACGGUUAACAUCUGGUGGUUACGGUGACUGUGGGGAUGGUGUCAUAAGGCACGGUCAUGGUCAACCUUGGUCGUAUUCACCUUCAGAAAACCAUCAAACAGCAUUUGAACCCACCGUUGGACUGAAUCAUCAUCAGUACAAUGCGCCGACAUACUACAAUCUUGCAGGUGAUGCUUCAGGUAACAGAGAUAGGAAAGCACCUCUGUCCUUUUGGUCUCCGGCCGCUACAGCAGCUGCCGGUACUCCAGAGUACAAAUAUAAUACCGUUCCAGCUGGUCCAAGCGCUGAUCCCGCUGUAUCAUCUUGUCAUCAAAGUUUCUCUGGUAGUUCUUGGUGUAACUAUUCUCCGUAUUCGACAACAUCCAGGCAUCAUGUGGAUGCUCACCAAGCCGUCCCGUAUCUACCAGCAGAUGAUCGAGGUCGAGCUGCAGCCGCUGCAGCUAUGGUUGCUGAAUCUGCAUCGUUUACACAUGCCCACGAUAGAGGUUAUGGCCUUGGUAAUUACGCACCUGAACCAGUUCCGUCUACACCUUAUCCUCCUCCAGUUAUGUGGGGAUCAUCCCCAUCUCUUUUUGCUUCAGGUUCGCUGGGUUCCAUGGGUGUAACAGUUCCUUGUGGAGCUGGGACAAAUCCUCUCGAAUGGACCGGACAGGUAACUGUUCGCAAAAAACGCAAGCCGUACUCCAAAUUUCAGACGUUGGAGCUGGAAAAAGAAUUUUUAUUCAAUGCCUACGUUUCGAAACAGAAACGUUGGGAAUUGGCAAGGAAUUUGAAUCUUACCGAACGCCAAGUGAAAAUUUGGUUUCAAAAUAGAAGAAUGAAAAAUAAAAAAAACAACCAACGGCAGCAAUCGCAGCAACAAAACAACAACAAUUCCGCUACCAACAACCAGAACCAUCAUGGUUCGCAUCACCAUCCAUCGCACCAAGUUCAUACGCCGCAUCAUAUUGUGAACCAUCACGUUUCUGCUAAUGGGACGUUGAAACACCAUCAGUGACCAAUGCCGUUUUCUGGGGUAGUUUUGGGCCAUCAUCACCAUGGGCUAGCCAAUUAAAAUACUCUUUAGUGUCAUUUUUACUACAAGAAAACUAGAACCAUUUUCUCCAGGAAAACUUUCGCUAUGUAAAUUUCGAAAUAUUUGAUGUAUUUUGGCAUAUAAUCGAGGUAUGAAUGGUUAUGUGUGAAAAUAACCCCCAAAGUGAUUAUUCAAUUUUUUUCUUUCACACGUUCAUGAAUAUUAAUAUUUAUCAUACUAUUUUGGAUAUGUUAACCUUUUUCUUGGCGAAAAGAUACAUGAAACAUUCUUAUAUAGACAUUUUCUUGUAACUGUAACUUUUAAAUUAAUUGUAUUUCGUCGUGGCAAAGCCAGCUCUCAUCUUCAGUUCACGUUUUAAUUUUGAAUGGGCACAGAAACCACUGGUAUUGUACAUGUCAAUAAAUACUAGUGGGAAAGUUUUUCUAAACUUCACUUCAAACUACUCGAAACUUCAAUUAGCUGGUUUUUCACAGUUUCAACUUUUAUGUUAUUUCAGUGUUUUUUUCAAUUGUACUUCUAUCCAGCUCAUUUGCUCAAUUGUUGUCCUAGAACCAUAGCUGUAAGAAAAGUACGAAUGUGUGAAUUUUAUUUUUAAUUUCGUACCAAUAGAGAAAAUAAUUUAUUGGAUUUCUUUAUAUAUUAUAAUAAAAGCUAUGUUCUAAAAAUAAGUCAGAAAUAUGUCUCAAAAUAUGUGGCUUUUAUUCAUCUAUAUUAAAGACGUUUUAGUCUUUGAAUUAUCAUUUUUGAUAAAUUUAUCAAAUUCAGUAUUAAUGGUAAUGGAACAAACUUAAGAGGUUAUUUUCUUUUCAAUACCUCGGACCAAAAUAUAUUCAAAGUAUUCGGAAUUUCCUCGUGUUUGUUUUCCUGGAAAUCUAAACUUUUAAGCGAUGUAAUUUUCUCGUAGUAUUAUUUAAUAAGUGCUUAAGACUUGGUUCAGUUAGGGCGAAGUGUUAACGAAUACCAACCCCUAAAUAAACGUUCUUUGCAGUGCCAAAGAGUAAAUUUAUAUUUGUUAUAUUUGUGAAUUUACUAAAAACUUAUUUUUUUAAUUUUCCAAAAAAAAAAUUUUGGGCUUGUGCAAAUAAAGCGUUCAAGAUAGUAUUGUCUAAAACAUAGAUAAUUUUUAAUAAAUGUAUCAAAUGUAAAUAAUUUUCAUGUACCUAUAUUUAGUUUCCUGAUCAAGUAUUAGUUGAUACUUAGAGGUUUUCAUGAACAGAUGUAGAAUGGGAAUUGAAAACUGUAACUGUAUUGAUUUUCACUAUAAAAUUUGUUAUUUUUCUCUUACGUAAUAUCCUUGACAAAACAACAAUCGACGUUUUCCUCUUUCAAUUGUAUGUACUUAUUUUGGGUCCAAAUACUGCUUGACAUGAUGUGAAACAACAUGCAAUGCCAUGCAAGACGCAAUUAUCGGCAUGGUGCGAGAAAUCUAGUUACUUUUGGCAUAAAAACCAUCCUGUCCGUCAAGCUCCAGAAGCAAGACAGCAACAGAUACAUUAUUGUUGGUGAUUCACUGCUCACUUUUCAAACUCAAACUGGUCACAAAUUACUAGAUGAAAUUAGAGGUUAGGAAUUUGUAUAGUUUCACUUAUAGAAGUUCUGUUAGAGGCAGCCAUGAUGCAGCGGAAAAAGCUUCCAUAAUGUCAAGCAACAUGCAAUAAGUAUCAUUGUAUGAAAUAUUUUAAAUGAAAUUUCUUGAAAGUUGUUUUGCAUCAUGUCAAAGUGCCUUAACACUUGUGAGAUCUAGUUGGUGGUUACCGUAUAUAAUUUUCAAUGCUAGAUGUAGAUGCUAGGCAAGCAGGAAUUAACAUUCGUUUAAUUGUAGUUACAAAGAUUUUUGCUUGAAAAAUAUUGUGAAAAAAAAUUCUUGAAGUAGUAGUAGUAGCAUUUCCGGUUACUAAUGCAUAGUAUUGAAAAAGAGUUUUCUGAGAAGUUUAUGAAUAUUUAAUACGCGAAGAUAUGAUUUUCGAAAAUUUUACCAAUAAAUUCAAUAAUAUAAAAAUUAUUUUCCUAUUUAGUUUGAUAUCCAGUGUUAGAAUUUCACAUUGAAAUGGAUAAAUCUCAUAGAUAACAUAACUUAUUUGGUAUAAGUUUUCGACGAUCCAUGGUAUAUUACAUUGAAAUACUAUUACUAUCUCAUUUUUGGGAAUGAGUAUGAAUUUUACUUUACAUAUGUCGUACAGAAUAUAUAUGUUUAAUUUUAUUUAAGUUCGACCCUAUACUAUUAGAAAAAGGGAGAGCAUUGAGGGGGUUUGGUGAAAACAAUAUGGUAGGUGGGUAUCUUGAGGUUGAUCACGAUCGAAUGCUUUUCGCACGUCAACAAACUUGUUCAUAAUCUUCUGUAUCUGAACUCUUGCUGUUCGUCUAUUUAAUAUUUUAAUUUUAUUCGUAGGAUUGAGGAGGUUAAGGCCUUUUCAGUUAACUGUAAGCUUAUUAUGGUCUUGUUUAAACAUAGGGAUGUGAUUCUAUAAUAAUAGGGGUAAAUAGAAACAUUAUACACAAAUGGACGAACCAUUAUCUAGAUUAUGAGUUACAGUAGUAUAUUUAAGAGCAAUACAGUUUCCAUCCAUCAGCACUCAUCCGGAACUCCCCAAAGAUGUGCAAACUCUAUUGAAACAUAUUUAACAACUUUGUAGUAUUUUAGUAUUUUUUUUUUCAAUUCUGAAUGUUUCGGUAUUAAUUGUCAUAUUUCUGAGGUACAUUUUUUCAUGAAACAAACCUUUAAAUGUUAUCUAAUAUUUAAAAUUAUGUUGUUAUCUUUGUUAAUAACUAAUAUAACAUAAAUAUUGUUUCACUUUGUCCAUUUCUACGAAAUAUUAUCUAUGAAAUGACAACUUUCUGUAACGCGGGACUACAAACAAUCUGGUGCAAAGCACUCGAAAUUAGCUACAUUCGAAAUGGUAGCUACUUUAAUUUGUAUUAUUACUUGAAAAAGGUUUUAAAACUUUUGAGACUUAUUUUGUACAUAUAUCGACUGUAAUUUUGUCUUUAGAUUGUAAUUAGUUGAGACAGUAAAAUAAAUUUACACUGGAAUAAACAGUUUUUCCUGUAAUUUAUGCAAUCAACAUGUUUUUCCUAACCUUUUCAUCAUCUUUGAACACACAUCCCACGCUUAAGAUAUUAACGAAUAAAUCUAAAUACACCGUCAUGAUGGAAACACAAUUAUUAUUUUGCUAUACCGUACUUUCAUCCACUGUACAUGAAACAUUGUAAUUGUACUUAUAGUGAAGACAUUCAUAGCAUAUAAAAUUGACACCUUUGAAUAGAGCAAGUGGUGCUUAUAAUAAUUCAAAUUUUGUUUGUAAAUAAUGUCGAUAUUAUUGAAAAUCAAACUACGACUUAUACUAAACCUAUAAGAUGUGAAUAGAAGGAAAAUUGAUUCACUUUAUCAAAUUUGAUCGAUAAUAUUGAUUACAUAUAGAUAUGUUCUCGUUGUUUUCCUUCUAUGAGCAAAUUAUAUGUACUCAAUGAUUUAGUUUACUGAGUUUCUAAACAUAAUAUAUAAACUAAUAUUAUUCGAAAAAAAUGUCCUCUCUAUCAACACGCAGGCGAAACUUAUGAUCCAAUCUAUCAUAUUUUUCUUCUUUUUUGUUUCUCCCUAUCCAAUUUUUAGGCGUCAUGAUUACUACCACCCGUUACUUCUAAGCCAUUCUGUUUUGUUAUCUGUAUCUGUAUCAUUAUUCUUUGUUGGUUCAUUUACAUCAUAAAUCCAUACCACUUCAUUAACUAUUGAUGUUUUUCAAUUUUAUUUCCCUCAAAUGUUUCAUUUCAAUUUGGAUCAAUCUAUUUUUAGUUUCAUAUGUAUUUACUCUUUUUUUUUUAAGAUUAUUCAAGAUUCAACUCUCUUCAACUAUAUAUAAGUCAAAUUUUCAAACAUACUUAAUAUAAACACAAAUUACACAUAUUUAGAAAAUAGUUGUGAGUGAUAAUUAUCUAGAAUAAUUGAGAAUAUAUGGAUGAAAUUUAAUAAUAAAACAGAAAAAGUUUAAAGAUUACAGUGUGGAUUUAUUUUUCUGUAAAUCAUGAUUAUUGUAAUCAAUGUUGCCUGUAGUUCAAUGUAUAGUAAAUUAUUGCAGGUAUAGGAUUUUAAAGUAAAGCAGCCAUAAUUUUCCUGUGUUAAUUUUAAUUUCUUCCAGUACUUGGAGCUAUCCACAUGUUAAGAAGACUAUUUCACAGGUACCUCUCUAAUGGCCAGGUAAUGUAAAUCUCAUAGAAUUAUUGAAAAUAUUUUGGAUACAAAUAUUUUUUUUAAUUCAACUGUAAAUUUUUCCCAUCAGUUAUUUCGAAAAUCUACAUAUUUUAUAGCUGAAAAUUGAAAAUAAAUAUUAUCCGAAUUCAAACACUUCACUGCAUAGCAAAAUGAAUAACAAUAGAAAUUGUAAAAUGUUUUCAAUUCUGGUUAAUUAUUUUUAUAUAUUUUAAUUAUGAUUUUUUGUUUUUCGAUUUAUUUGCAAUAUAAUUAUUUCGCUUGGAAUAGUUUUGAUUAAACAUCAAAUCCCCUAGUAGUUAAAUCACUAACUAAGAUUUUUGAAAUUGUGAACUUAUUGUUGUGACUAAUAAUGGAACGAUACUUAUGUUGAUUUUCAUCUUGUGAAUUCUAGAGUCAGGUAAGUUUGAGAAUUAAAAUUUUUCUCCUAUAACUAUUAUUUUUUUUGCAAAUUAGUGCUUUCUUUAGAGGAUCUCAAACUCAUUUGAUUAUCUGCUUGCAUCAUCUACAGAAAAUGUUUGUUAGGAAAAAUAGUAGUGUAUUACUUGCCCACUAUAAGGGAACGAUGUGUUGAGAUUAAAAGAGUUUUGGUUUAACAUUACAAAAAAAUAUUCAAAGACAUUUAUGGGUGGUGUGAACAAGAAAAUUGCUAACGAUAGAUGAAAGACUUCAAGUGAAACUUCUAAUUAUUAUUUAUCCCUUCUAUACUAUCUAUUUCAAUGGUUAAUCAAAGGAUCUUAUCAAACGAAGCCUCUACAUAUUAUUGAAGGUUCAUCAAUAAAUUGAUUUCUUCCCUUACCACGACAAUUAGUCCUCUAAGCAGGAACAUACCCACAUGUGUUAUACUACUGGUUACUUUGAUUUGAUUUCAACUCAUUUUCAGAACUAAGUUUUUAACUAUUCACCCAGAACCAGACUAUAAACACUGUUCGCAUGACGGCUAGGAAUAUCAUAAAAUGGCAUCUAUUACAAUUUUCGAGAGAAAUCGGGUUCCACCAUUAUUUCUAACACAUUUUUAACGUUUCCCGCGGGAUUUUCUCUCGUUCUGACUUUUGGAAAUCGUUAAACAAAACGAGUAACAAUUUGAUGUAAAUGGAGAGGAUGAUUUAAAUUGACUGUUGCCGAUUCAACACCAAGAGUUAUAUCAACCGCUCGAUAGGUGCCUCGUGGAUUUUGUUCUAUCAUACGUCUCACCAAGUUCUUAUUGUAACAGAAGAACAGGACCUUAUCACCAAGUGAUAUCCCUAUAAUUCGCUUUACCUGUAAAACAAAGUUGAUCAUGAAUCACUUUCAUCACCAAGUGCGCGUCCUAAUCGUAAGAUUUUGUUACAUGUACAUCUCUUGUCCAAUUCAUAUUUCGAUGGCAAAUCGUAAGUACCACUAUUUAAUCUGUAUUAGGCACUGCAGAUCACACUACUUACGUAUGACUGUAUUUUGAAAAGGAAUUGCCAGCUCUACUUAGUUUCAUCUAAGAUUUUCCAUAACUCAUAUAUUUUCUGCUACCAAUCCCAAAUAUUCGAUAUAAUUUUUUCUUUUCUAUCAUUCCUCAGUACCUGUAUUAAAGUACUGAACUCCCACAGUACACAAUUUACCUCCAUUAUUCCUAUAUAAACAAAAAUAAGUUAAAGAAUACUAGUUUCAGGUCAUUUGUUAUUUUUGUUAUUACAAAGUGAGAAAUCUUCACACUCUGAUUCACAUUGCAUAAUUUCCAAGGUCUUUCCUACAUUGUUACUGUAUAUUUUUAGAAGCAGACGCUGUAUAUCAAUUAUACAUUAUUCGUAUAAUGCCUACAUCCCAUGGAAUUCAAAAUAAUUAUGUUAAUAAGAAUUAUAUUUUGUCUUACUGUGUUAUUUCUUUUUUGUUCUUCCAGUUGUUCAGUGAUAGGAUUGAAUGAAUGAAUAUUAGAAGGUAUGAUGCAUAGUCCAUAUAAAAAUCAUUCUAAAAUUAACAUAAAUUUUUGUUGUAUGUGUAAAAUCUUAUCGUGCUAUAAAUGAAUAUAUUCUUUUUCCCAUUUUACGAAAAGCUUUUGUUAAAAAAUCUCAUAAAUGUUUUUUCGCUUAUGAAAAAUAGGUGUUAAUAGAUAUAUGAAAAAGAAUUAAUUCCUAAAAAUACACCGUUUUUUGAUACUGAACAUGUGAAUGGCUUCUUGGACUAUACCUUGCAAAUGGAUGUAAAUAAUUAAAUUACGUUUUAGGUACCUGUAUAUCUGUGGCUUGUUGUAUACGGUUGAUGCAAAAUUUUAUGUUACGUUACAAUUUUCUUUUUCGUUCCUCUACCGCUUGGUGUAUUAGUGCGGGGGACAAGCUGACAUUCUUGUUCCAUAUAUGUAAAAUACUGAUGUUCAGUUUCACACAUGCUGAUGAAUGAAGUAUUGAGCAACAAUUUUAGUAGGUACUAAUUUGUGUAACUCUUUGCCACUAUUUUUUGUCGCCAAUUAGUAUUUGCAGUUAUAAUCAUAUUCCACGUCCCUUCUUUUUUUGUGUCAUCUCAAGUAAUGUUUUUUUUAUAUAAUUUUUUCUUCCAAAAGUAGCCAAUUUAACUUUAUAUAUUCAAGUCCAAUCUUGUUUAACUACCUUUGUAAAGUUUGAAUGUCACCAGCAGUUUUCACAAACUUGUUUACGUAGUUACCUUUUUUGUAAAUCGAUCAAUAUGACUGGGAAGUUUUAUUGUGAUUCAGAAACUUUCGGAGGCCCAGGAGGGAUGUGCACUCUUCCCACUCCCGCUUAAACUUGAUUCGCAUGACAUCUUUCAAAGAAGCUUUCGAGAGUCAACCAUUAAGUAUCAAUGUUAAUUGCACAUGGAUCAACGAUAUGCUGAUGACACAGACCUGAUAGCAGAUAAAAUGAAUGACCUCUAAAGUCUUCUGGACAUAGUUGGGAAUGGGAAUCAAUAUGAACAUAAAAAAGACAAAAUUCCUAGUAAUCACCUGCAAAUUAGAUGAGUUCCAGAAUAUAAAACUAUUAUUCAAUAGUUAACGGGUAACAAAGUUUACUUAAGUGACUUGAUUAUGUGAAGACUGGUCCUCAGUUGUAGAAAUCAAGUGCCGGAUAGAAAAGGCAUAGAGCUAUUUCAUGGAAUUCAAAAACGUGUUUACAUAUUGACGUCAACCUCAAAAUAAGAUUCACAAAAUACUACGUAUAGUCCGAGCUAUUCUACGGUAUGGAAGGUUGGACACUGAAAGUUAACAUCAUGAACAUCAUGAGUUCCACGGUCGGCUAGAAAAACCAACGAAGAAAUUUUGAGGAGAAUGUGCAUUGUUGAUCACGAUAAAACGUAGGAAAACAUAAUACCUGGGACUUGUGAUACGGAGCGAGAAAUACCAUUUGCUCUUGAGAAAAGGAAAGAUAGAAGCAAGGGAGUUGGACUCAACAAUAUUAAAAAUUGUACAGAGACAAGAACCACGGGAGAAUUCAUUCAUACUACCAGAGACAGAAUAAAAUAAUCUGAAGGGAUCUCAAAUAUAAAUUGAUGGACAGAAGAAGAAGAUCAGAAACAAAGUCCCAAUCAUCAUAGUGGAAGCAUUCUGAAUCGCCAAGAAUUAUAAAGAUCAGGCAAUCAUUAGAUAAUAUUACGUUGAAGUAUUGAUAAGAUUUCGUAAUGCAGUAAAAAAAAUGCAACAGUUUGAGCAUGAGGUAAUUGGUUACUUCGCCUCGACGAAUACGCCAAUGUAUUCAUCGAGGCUUGUGCAGCAAUCUUCAACAUCAGCCUCAGAACACUUUCGCUUCCUAUGUAAAUUGGUUCUUACCUAGAAUAAAAAUACAGCACAAAGAUCACGGAUCUGAUGACAAAAAGAGAACUUUCAAACUAUGAGGUAAGCAUAAUCUGAUUGAGUCCUCAUUAGUUUGAUUUUUUAUUUUAUUACGUUACUUUUACAUAUCUACAUAUAAUAAAUAUGCAUUCAUUUUUUGGUCUAUUUUGUCAUUCCUUAUUCAUUGCCGUUUAUAGUUAACAACUUCUUUAAGACGUUUAUUGCUAAAGUUUUUUUUAUUAGUUCCAUAUUAUACAUUUAAGCACCAGUCGAUUUUGUGUUUGUAUCUUUCGUCAUUUUAUUUUAGUGAACAUACUCUAAAAUUCUCACACAUUCUGUUUACUGAUUUUAGAACUACUCUGUUCACCUACUAAUUAAUGGCUUCGUUAACAUUAGCUGAGAAACUGAGUUUUCUUGUUCCUUAUUACAAGUUCCUUGGAACUUUCUAUUGGUAAACACUUCUCAUACUUUAAUUAUGCCUGUGAUUUCAUUACACAAUUACUCCUUUUAGGUACUUGUAAGGAUUUCAUUCUCUAUCGUUUGUAAGUAUGAUGUUUCAGUUUAAAGUUUUUAACUCAUUGAAUUUUUGGUUUUUUCUUAGUUUAUCAGAUUCUUUUCAAAUUUAAACCAAUGAUAAACUCAAUAUUGCGGAAAGUUUUCCUCUCUUUAUUGUUCUAAAAUCAUAUAUUUUUAUCGCCAGUAUUUUAUUCUGAUUUUUUCUGUUCAUAUUGUAUUAUGCUAAAAGUUGCUCUUGAAUUGAGAGUGCAUGAAUUAUUUACUGAACUCAGUUUUACUCAUAUUUUGGAACUAGUUUAUCUUAGCGCCUUUUCUGUAUAAUCACUAAACUGUUGUAAUAUACUGGAACAACUUCUCUAGAAAUCCGAAUUUCAUGAAUAUUGUAAUUACUACGAACCACUAUAUUAACCCAUCAAAUGAUGUAUUUAUUAAUUAGUGACAGCAAUUAAUUACAUUGAUGUACAUAUUUGACCUAGUGGAAGGUAGAUGACUCCAAAUUGAUUACAUUUUAAUGCGAUAGAAGACAGUUGGAUUUGUGGUUAAAAACUAAAAACAUAUGGGUACAUGUUUCUAAAUUUUCCUAUUUAAUUCAAUAUAUAACUUGUUAUAUAUUUAGAUUCAAUGUGAAUACGAAAAAUAGUUCAAUUCUUCAACUUCGAUAGAGUAUUCAAUUUACAGUGAAUCUUAGAUUUUUCUUCAACAAAUGAAUAACGAAAAUUGAGGUGUAGCAGCAUUUUCUGUAAUAAAAUAAAUGAUAAAUAAAGUUUGAUCAAAUUGUUCUUCAUAAAUAUUUAUUUCAAAUCAACAUGACUAGCAAAAAAUUUGAAGAAAUUCCCGAAAUCAUACAGCAAUCCUUGUAGACGUAAUAAAUUACCGGUAAAAGUUCAUUAUCGCCUAAAGUUGGAAAUAAUCCUGGGAUAUUUGGCUUUAUAGGAUUGUUACCUUCAAACUUGAUUCCAAAUACCACCAACAUCUUUUCUCAAACCAUUUACAAGAACAUCGUCUGUCUUCUAGGAAAAGAAAUCCGCGAUGAUCUUCUCAUGAAUUGUUCUAAUCCUCUUAAUGUUUACUCUAUAUCAGCUAUAACGAGCCGUAGCUUAUCCUUUGACGAUGAUCCUUCCAUACAUAUUUCGAUAGUACUUAUUAUACCCUUCCCAUCUACAUUUUUUUAAGGGAAACAUAAUUUUUUCAUUACGAUUACAAUUUCUAUUUAUUUUUCUUCGUGUGCCAUGUCCGUUAACGUAAUUGGUCAACAUCUCACAUCUACCUGCGUUGUGCUCUCUAAUUAUCACAGAGAGAAUAGUUACAUCCGAGAACCGAAAAUAAAUUACCAAGAUUUCCUAGUUGCAUUCUCCGCCACCUUGAAAAAACCCCUAAUUUUAACAUAACUAUUAUCUAAAUAUUUUUUUCUUAUCGACCAGUGUUUAAGAAAUUGUAAGGAAAGUCAAAAAUUUAGGUAAUCAAGCCCUUUUUUGUCAUUUUCUGCUCCCUCCUUAUCGAUAUCGUAAAAUGAUAUGUGUGAAUAUGCAUUAGAAGGUUCCAUGUACACCGCGACCCAAAGGAUCUAGCGUUGUAAGGUGUCCAUUUAGGCGACAAUACCUCAACAAGACACCUGUGAGUAUUCGUAGAUUGCUCUUGCUUAGUUUGAUCAAUUCAACAGAUAUUUUCUGGUUAUUGCUUUCCAAGACAAGCCAAGAGUGUCUUGGCCUGUCAAAACCUCUAUAGAUUUUCGUAGUAACUGGUUCUACGCCUAUCUACCUUCUUAUCCACUAUUUCGGUGUUGUCCUGUUGAAACCCGGAUCAUCUUGGUUAGCAGACUAAGCAUUAUUUUAUAAAUCCACGGCCAUCAUACAAUAUCACGUUUUUGAUUGAUGGAAAUGAUCUAUUGGAAGGAAUAUUAGUUUAGAUUUAGUGAUGUCAGAAGCCUGUAUUGAUAAAUGAUUUUUGUGGAUGUUCAUUAUAUGAGUUUCGACAAUCUUGUCUGUCGACUAUAUUUCAUGAAUAUAAAGAAACAUUUUCUUUAUUUUUGAAAGGAAGAACAUAUGGAUAUAAAUGUCAAGGUUGUAGACUAAACUGCUGUCUUCGCAUUAAAACGAUAAAUUUAAUUAAAAUUCAUCUACUUUUCACUUGUAUAUUAAUAGGACAAUUAACUAGACAUUUUAUUUUAUGGAAAUUAAAGUAUUCUGGAAAACUGUUAGAAUAGGUGAAUUUAUGCUAUUCUACUAUUUUAAUUUUAGCCAACGAUUUGCUGUUUAUAAAAAUGAUCUCGAGUUGGCCAUUGUUUUACUUAACAUAAUAUACACCAAGAAAACAAUAUGAAUUUUCCAACAACAUUAGGCUUAUCAUAUUGUUGAUAAUUACAAGCCUGAAAUAAUGAAAUGUUAUGGUUACGAGUCGAAAAAUAGUUAUUUAUGUUAGAAUCAUUCAAAAUGUUGAUUAUCUUGAUUUGGUAUUGUUUUCUUGAUGUUCACAUUACUUUCAAAAAUAGAGUUUUAUUGCUAUUUAUGAUUUUGUCACGUUUGUGGUUAGAACUGGAAAUUAUUUUUGAAAUUUUUGUACCUAUUUCUUUACACUGUAUUUUUACUUGUUGUGUUCAAAAUAUGAAUUGUUGUGUUUAUGUAUGUAUAUGUAUACACAUAAAUAUUAUUAAGUACUG